AAGCCCAAACACGACGGCUGGUUCAUGAUAUCGGAUCAUAACGUUUAGAGCUUCGAUUCUUGUCCGAUUCUUACUUUUUUCCAUCGACGCUUUGCGGCACUGUAUCGUAGUGAAGCUGGGCCAGUAUAAUACAGAGGGAGAUUCCCUUCCAUUUCCCACUUUUUGCAGCCCGCCGCCGCCGCCGCCGCCGUCCUUCAACCCUUUUUUCCAUUUGCUGCUCCGAUUUUUGCCUUCCUGCAACUUCAAUGGAGGCUCGUCUUCUCAACGCGCCGAUUUUUGAACCACUUACUCGUAAAUGUCUUCUUCCGCCCCCAUUUUCUUUCUCGAGAGGGGCGUCCAUUCCGAUUGACAAUCGAAGCGGAAUGAGACUUACCAGGCGGGUACACUGCCAAGCCAUGGUUUCAAAAGACACGGUUGAUAUCUCUAACAGUCCUGUAUUGGACACUUCGAUUGCGACUCUUGGAGAUGCAUUGGCGGCGUCCCCUUCGCCUCCUCCCAAAAGGGUAUCGGCGGAUUCGCUGCAGUUCCCGCCUGGAUAUCUUGGCGCCGUUCCCGACCGUUCGGGUUCUGAUGGCGGCGAGGAUGGCCUUGAUGCGAUGGAGUAUUUGACCAGGAUUUUGGGUUCGAAGGUGUAUGAAUUGGCUAUUGAAUCCCCUUUGCAGCUUGCGCCCAAGUUGUCUGAGCGUUUAGGGGUCAAUAUCUGGCUCAAGAGGGAGGACUUGCAGCCUGUGUUUUCAUUCAAGCUUCGAGGAGCUUAUAAUAUGAUGGCUAAACUUCCUAAAGAACAGUUGGAAAAAGGAGUUAUAUGCUCCUCAGCUGGAAAUCAUGCUCAAGGAGUUGCAUUGGCUGCUAAGCGAUUGAAAUGUGAUGCUGUGAUUGCUAUGCCUGUUACGACACCCGAAAUUAAGUGGCAAUCAGUUCAAAAACUGGGUGCAACUGUUGUUCUUGUUGGAGAUUCGUACGACGAGGCACAAGCGUAUGCUAAGAAGCGGAGCAAAGAGGAAGGGCGUACGUUCAUACCCCCUUUUGAUCACCCUGAUGUCAUAGCUGGGCAGGGUACUGUUGGGAUGGAGAUUGUUCGUCAAAUGAAGGGUCCAUUGCAUGCUAUUUUUGUGCCUGUUGGAGGUGGUGGUCUGAUUGCUGGUAUUGCUGCUUAUGUCAAGAGGGUUUCUCCGGAGGUAAAGAUUAUUGGGGUGGAGCCAUCUGAUGCAAAUGCGAUGGCACUAUCAUUAUGUCAUGGCCAAAGAAUAAUGUUGGACAAGGCUGGAGUUUUUGCAGAUGGUGUGGCUGUCAAAGAAGUCGGUGAAGAAACGUUUCGCCUUUGCAAAGAUCUCAUGGAUGGUGUAGUUCUUGUUAGUCGUGAUGCUAUAUGUGCAUCGAUAAAGGAUAUGUUUGAAGAGAAGAGGAGCAUCUUGGAACCUGCAGGUGCUCUUUCUCUUGCUGGAGCUGAGGCAUACUGCAAAUAUUAUGGUUUGAAGGGAGAAAAUGUUGUGGUAAUAACCAGUGGUGCAAAUAUGAACUUUGACAAACUGAGAAUAGUUACCGAACUUGCCAAUGUCGGUGCUGAACGAGAGGCUGUUCUCGCAACUAUAGUGCCGGAGAAACCUGGAAGCUUUAAAAAAUUUUGUGAACUGGUUGGUCCUAUGAACAUUACAGAAUUCAAGUACAGAUAUAACUCUGAAAAAGAGGCAGUUGUUCUUUAUAAUGUUGGUAUGCAUAUGCCUUCAGAACUUGAAGAAAUGAAGAACAGGAUGAAGGCUUCUCAGCUUGAAACUUAUAAUCUCACAAAAAAUGAUCUUGUAAAGGAUCACUUGCGUUACUUGAUGGGAGGCAAAUCGAACGUUGAAAACGAAGUUCUUUGUCGUUUUAUUUUCCCAGAAAGGCCAGGUGCUCUCGAGAAGUUCUUAGACGCUUUCAGUCCUCGCUGGAACAUUAGUUUGUUUCAUUAUCGUGGGCAGGGUGAAACUGGUGCAAAUAUAUUGGUUGGACUUCAGAUCGACAAAUCAGACAUGAUCGAAUUCCACGAACGUGCUAGGAGGCUUGCAUACGACUAUGUCGUGGUAACUGAUGAUGGUGUGUUUCAGCUUCUAAUGCACACAUAGAUCAGGCCAUAAGUUUAUCUAAAUCGGUUUGAACGUCCACUAUAAGGCAUGCUACUCAAAAUCUUGUACAUUGUAUCAGAGAUGUUGCAUCCUUUUGCCUUAAAAUGCUAUCAAGUACUCUGUUCUGUUUAGAUUGAUGAUGGGAAGUUAGUAAUAUGAAGUCUACUAGUGAAGUCGUGUGCUCAUCUGUAUUGGAGACAGUUUCCAACUAUCUUUAUGUGAAUGAAAUAAUGCAAGUAGUUUACUAUAGAU